CAGGUUCCUACUUGGUUGACAUGUUUCUGGGCAAUGGUAUAUAGGUAACUUCCCUAAGCAAUAUAAUAUGUAGAUCUCUCUGACACAGCCUACGUUCACCGGCAGCCAAUCACAUCUACAAUCAUACCUAGUACACAUACCUACCUAGGCACCUACCAAUACUACCAGAUAGGCACCUAGGUAGCUAGCUGCCUCUUUCGGCCAGCUUGCCGGGAGGGCUUGGCAUUGGCACUUCACCCACCCACCCAUCACACCUCGGGCGAUGUGCAUGCCAUAGAAGGUCAGGAGAAGGAGGCCUAAAGAAGAAGCUGGAUGUCUGGAAUCGGCCGCGGUGACGCAAUCGCUGUGCGUUGAUAUCUAGCAUACAAGACACAUACUACCAACCUACCUCCGCAUGGGCACCGCACGACCACGAACACAUCAAAAUCGGAGUAUACUGCCAGCGCUCCUCACCGCAGUAGCGCUCAUCCUUUUGUUCUGGCGCGGAAGGAGCCAGCCGCCGCCUAAUAUCGACAACCCCGAAAUAAUCGCAGACGAAAAUACACUCGCGAUGUCGUCGGACCAGGAUACCGACGACGAUAUUACUAAGUAUCUGAAGGUAACGGCGCGGGCUGUUGAUGACGGUAGCAGCGGCGGAGGAGGAGGAUUGAAGCUAGCCCUCGCAGUAGCGAACACGCACCCGACGGACGCCGUGACGGUGCUGACGUGGGACUCGCCUUUGGACCCGUUGGCCGUGCAGUUGGGCGUACUCACACUCACACGCACCCGCACCCCAAAAGCCGAAGCGGACACUAGCAGUUCAAAAACAGAAGCAGGGGAGGAGAAGGAGGAGCAAAUACUCAUCCCGACGAUCCAGGUCCGCCGCAAGAUGCCGCCGGGCCCGGAAUCGCUGGUCGCGAUCGGGGCGGGGCAGACGCGCGAGCAGGUGGUGGAGCUCCGGGAGCCGAUGGUGCCGGUUGGGAAGCUGAAGUUACGUGGUGAGAGGGUGAGGGUUGUUUGUAAGGGGCUGUGGAGGGGGGUUUGGAGGGGGGAGAGGGAGAGUGUGGAGGGAGAUAAGGGAGAGUUGUUGGGGGCGAAGGGGGAGUUUGAGAGUGAGGCUGUGGUGGUUGGGUUUUGAUGGCGAUGGUGUUGAUGGUUAGCAAGCUGUAUAGGCACCUACCUAGGCACCUACCUAGGCACCUACCUAAGCUAGACACAUAUACUAAGUGCCGGGAUAGGUGCUCCUUUUGAAUUGCUCGGACGGAUAAGUUGCCAACGGUGGUGAUAAACUAGCCACUUAUCUAUCGCUUACCACUAAGUUAUCUAAGUAGCAACAUUAAGAUACUUGUGAUAUGGGAUGAUAGUCCAAGUUCGAAACAUCUUGGCCCAAGCUUUUUUGAAUCCACUGGAUUAAAUACACAUUCAUGGUUGUGUAUCUAGACUGCUCGGCACACAACUCUUAAAUACUUGUAUUGAAUAUCGUUGGUGGCUUUAGAGUUAUCCGGGUUACUUCAGUGCUGGCUGGGUCAGGUCGGUAGUACGGGACAGUUGGGUAUUUAAAUCAAGGGAGCCCAACUCUGGCGAUAUUCACUUAUAGGAUAUGUAGAGGGGACUUCGGAUCAUAUAGG